AUGGGACAUGAGGAGCAUGGAGGGACUUGGCACAUGGAAGCAGCUCAACUGGAUACGCAAAGGAAGAAGGGAGAAGCCAUCUUGAAGACCAGCUCGACCGUCCACUCGACCAACCGGUCGAGUUCCUCAACUCGACCGGCCAAGCUUCAACUCGAUCGAGCUGGGGAAGUCAAAGUCAAACCCGAAAAAUGUGUAUGCGAACUCGAUCGAGUCGGUCUAACUGAAGACUUGGUCGAGCUAGACUUACAACGGGUAGAAAGAGGGUUCAGAGGUCACAGAGGGUACAAGAGGAACCUGAGGCAAACUCGACCGAUUGGUCAAGGAGAUGCUCCAAACCGCCACCAACAGAGACAAGGGAUUGUUCCACCACCAGUGCAGAACCACAACUUUGAGAUCAAGCUGGGAAUGAUCAACCUUGUCCAGAACAAGAUGUUCCAUGGAUUGCCAAGUGAAGACCCCAUUGACCACCUUGAUGAGUUUGAUAGGCUUUGUGAUUUGACAAAGAUCAAUGGUGUCUCUGAAGAUGCCAUCAAGCUGAGACUCUUUCCUAUGUCUCUAGCUGACAAAGCUCACCAAUGGGAGAAGAGCUUGCCCCAUGGCACAAUCACCACUUGGGAUGAAUGCAAGAAGGCCUUUCUUGCUAAGUUUUUCUCCACCGGUCGCACAGCCAAGCUUAGAGGAGAGAUAUCCAGCUUCAUCCAGCGAAACAAUGAGACAUUCGCAGAGGCUUGGGAGAGGUUCAAAGGCUACACAAGUCAGUGCCCACACCAUGGAUUCAACAAUGAAUCACUACUCUCCACUCUUUAUAGAGGAUGCUUGCCUAGGUAUAGGGAGAUGCUAGACACAGCUAGCAAUGGGAACUUCCUCAACCAGGAUGUAGAUGAUGGCUGGCAACUUGUGGAGAACAUGGCCAUAUCAACAGAAUGCUAUGGAGAGCACUAUGAAAGUACAGAUGGAGCUCGACCGCGCGCUCGAUCGAGCUGGACGCUCAGAUGA